AUUCACUAAAAACUGUCCUGAAUUCCUAAGAAUUUAUUUACCGCAAAACUGACAAAGUGUUUAUUUAAAAAAUGAGGUUGAAGAGUAUUUGUACGUAUGUACUUAUCGUCUGCUGUAUGAUCGAAUAUCGAAUAGGCGCUUGGCCAUGGAUCGUUGCAUUAGGUUUUCGUAAUCCCCGAAACCCAGACAAACCACUAUGGAAGUGCGGAGGUUCCCUGAUAUCGGCUAGGCAUGUUUUGACCGCAGCACAUUGUGCACAUAUGGAUGGAAUAGAAAACAUACACAAUCAUAAUAUUGCCAUUCUUAGAUUGGUGGAGGAGGUGCCAUUUUCGAGGUACGUAUAUCCCAUUUGUACGAAAGAGCUCCUGCGAAAGAGCAACUUCGUCGGCUAUAACCCCCUUGUUGCUGGAUGGGGAGCAUUAAGAUAUAGACGACCACGACGUAAUGCAUUAAUGGAAGUACAAAUGCCAGUGAUUAAGAACGCCGAAUGCAAAAUAGCUUAUUCCAAAUUUCCUAAUGCACCUGAUGUCACUGAUGGUAUAAUAUGCGCCGAACGUGCUCAGGGUGGAAAGGAUUCUUGUACGGCUGUUAAUCUAGAGGCUGGAGUACAAAGAAGUGGCACAAUGAUGUGGGCUGAUGACAUUUAUAAUUAUCAAGGAAUCACCCCUACAUUCGCUCAGAAUUUUAAUGAAACUGUCCCUUGGGAAGGAAGAACUGAUACCUUGAUAUCACGGUUUGUACAUCCUAUAUAUACGACAAAUUUUAGAACAUUAUAUAACGAAGAACCAGAUCGUCGUGGCCAUGUGAUGUGAAUAAAAGGACUUGAAUUUGAUGAUAUUUUUAUAAUGUUAGAUAACAUAACUAAGUAUCUUCACAGUAAGAUAGGAUGACAUGGUUUACAUGAUCUUAAUGUUGUUCACUUGAGUGAUGAUAUUAUAAGGAAAAGUGUAAUAUCACAGGAUAUUUAUGUUUAGUAACCAGUAAUUCAGAGAUUGGUAUUCAUGGUUACUAUAACGAGGCUGUAGAAACGCACCCUUUCUUCUUUGCAAAUGGUCCUGUAUUUAUGUCUAAGCCGAAACUGGAACCUCUGAAUAAUUUAGAUUUAUUCUUGUUAUUUUCUAAAAUACUUAUCUACAGUAUACCAUAAGGAAUGAUACCGUAUCGCACCUAAUCAAGUGCCUUAAGAAACAUCAACAGGAUAUCACAGUAAUCCCG